GGUCCUCCAGAGAUGUGAGGCAAGUUUUACACUUGAUCUUGUUUGCCCAAAACAAAUAACAAGCGCGCAGAAACGACGCCGAGGAUAGCUGAGGCCCAAAACGUCUGGAUUAUAUUUCACCGAGCUGAAUCCAACCGGUCCACAAAUGACCAACAGCAGAUGAACUUGAUGAGGUUCCAGUCAGCUGAUGAAAGAGGAGUGACCACUUCAUCCUCCUCUUGUUGCAUUCCAUUAUCUGACCUCUAGAGGCCAGUGAGGCUGAAGAGGUGUCCCUUCAGCCCGCCUCAUUUUGUCACCAUUUCCUCUCCGAGUUGGUCCCCCAAAAGUGUUUCAAAAGUGUUUCUCCAACGCUUUUUCCAGAAACUCAGACUGUUUUCCAAAGCAGAAGCAGCACAGCCCUCCCAGACUGAGGUGAUGGGAAGCGUGCGAGCCAGCCGCUACAGCAUUGUGUCAUCAGAGGAGGACGGCAUGAAGCUUGCCACUAUGGCAGUACCAAACGGCUACGGGAAUGGCAAGAGCAAGGUGCAAACGAGGCACCAGCCGCAAAGCAGAUUUGUAAAGAAAGACGGUCAUUGCAACGUGCAGUUCAUCAACGUGAGUGAGAAAGGUCAGCGGUACUUGGCUGACAUCUUCACUACGUGCGUGGACAUCCGCUGGAGGUGGAUGUUCAUCAUCUUCUGCCUCGCCUUUCUCCUGUCGUGGCUGUUCUUUGGCUGCAUCUUCUGGCUGGUGGCCAUCUUCCACGGGGACUUAGAAAAUAGCUCCACGAAGUGCGUCUCCAACGUGAGCAGCUUCACCGCCGCCUUCCUGUUCUCCAUUGAGACUCAAACUACUAUUGGCUACGGCUACAGAUACGUGACAGACGAGUGCCCUGUCGCUGUCUUCAUGGUGGUUUUCCAAAGCAUCGUGGGCUGCAUUAUUGAUGCCUUCAUCAUUGGCGCUGUCAUGGCAAAGAUGGCAAAACCCAAGAAGAGGAAUGAAACUUUGGUUUUUAGCCAUAAUGCCACAGUGGCCAUGAGGGACAACAAGCUCUGCCUGAUGUGGCGUGUGGGGAAUUUAAGGAAGAGCCAUCUGGUUGAGGCACAUGUGCGGGCGCAGCUUCUGAAAUCCCGGACAACAGCAGAGGGGGAGUACAUCCCCCUCGACCAGAUGGACAUAGAUGUGGGCUUCGACAGCGGAGUCGACCGCAUCUUCCUGGUCUCCCCCAUCACCAUCGUCCACGAGAUCGACGAGGACAGCCCCUUCUACGACAUGAGCAAACAGGACCUGGAGAACUCAGAGUUUGAAAUUGUGGUCAUCCUGGAGGGCAUGGUCGAGGCAACCGCAAUGACCACGCAGUGCCGCAGCUCCUACGUCGCCGGCGAGAUCCUCUGGGGCCAUCGGUUUGAGCCUGUGCUAUUCGAGGAGAAGAACUACUAUAAGGUGGACUACUCCCGCUUCCAUAAGACAUACGAGGUGCCGAGCACCCCUCUGUGCAGCGCCAGAGACUUUGCAGAGAAAAAAUACAUUAUUUCAAACUCCAACUCCUUCUGCUAUGAAAAUGAGAUGGCGCUGGAGAACAAAGAGGACACGGACGAGGGGAACGGGGGCAGCGUUGGGCCAGACGGCACCCAGACAGACAACAUCUCCGAGACUGAACACAGCCAAGCCACGGUGCCGCUGGAGCCCCGGCCUCUGAGACGAGAAUCAGAAAUAUGACUGUUCGGACCUCAUGUGAGGGAUUCUCUAAAAUCACCUCUCUGCUCUGAAAGGCAGCCGAGCUGGGCCUUGGGUGGAGGACAAGCCACACGGUACUGCUGUGGGAAGCAGCAAAGUUUAGGACUUUGUGUGUAAGAGUCUGCUUGAACUUUGACUACAUACAGUAUGACAAAACACAGCAUUAUGAACCAUGUGCAUAUUGCAGGAAGAAUUCUCCAUGAAGUCCCCAUGAAUGUGUGCUCAGUGUCUGAUGACUGCAAGAUGACAGAGAGGAGGUUGAUUUAAUGACUUGAAAAUCGCAGGCAUGUCUCAGUUUCUCUGUCCGGCAUGAACAAGACGCUUUUAGAAAGGUGGUUUUUAUAGUUAGAAUAUGUUCUCAAGUGCUGCUAGAAAAUAGUGGAAGUUCAACUUUGUGCCUUCUCUUGGAACCAAAGAGUACACGAAAGGUAGAUGUCUGGAGGUGAAGGUACAUGUAGAGUCAUUGCUCACGAGCUGGUCUCAUAGCAGACAUCAUAGAAGUCUAAAUAAACUGCACCAAAAACUUUCUGUAUGCAACAAAGUAGAAGACUUUAGUGAUUUCCUCUGACUUGACCGCACUGAUUUUCUGCUUUAUCCUUUGCCGUUAUUGAUCUGAGAGACUGUUCAUUGCUGGUCAGACUGAUAGAAACAUGCCUGCUCAUGUCAAGAGAUGGAGCAGGGUAGUAUUAACUGCAUCAAACUAACAGAAAAAUCAUUAAUUUAAACAGAGACCGGGGUGAUAUGAGAAUCUGAAUGUUCUUAAAAGUGCUGCUAUGAUGUUGCUUAUUUUUUCUUUUCUUUUUUACAUUUGAUAAAAAAUACCAAAGAGUAUUAUUAUCAUAGUUAUGUGUUUCUUAAAAACAACACCUGCUUAGAUUUGGUACAGUAGUAGAACGUUUAGGAAGUUUUACUAGGGUUUGUUUUUCAAGAAUGUGUGUACAUUUCCUUUUUCUUUUUUACGUCGAUCAUUUUUAUCUUGAGCCACUACAUUAAGCCUUAAUCUGGAAAGUCUAAAAGGGGAAGUGAAGAUUUAAAAAUCAACCAAAAGUGGCAGAGGACAGUAAACAGGAAUCACAAGUUCUAUAGUGUUUGAUAAACUACAACAAUAACUCACUGAUGUUUGAAGGAUUUUAUUAGUCAAAUUGAACCAAAACAUUUAUUUUAAAGCCAAACUUGCUUUAAAAGGGUAGAAAAUAUGAAGUGAAAUGAGAUUAAAUAACUUCUUUGUGAACUCUGUCUCCUUUCUAAUGUCUGAAUUUGAUACAGUGUUAUGAUUGGAUAUUGUAAAUAUCAAAUCUCCAAGUAAAACAUUUUUUAAUGCCACAUUCCCUUUUUGCUGUACGCAGACUACAGAUCAGCCUACAUUAUUACAAAACACAGCUUGAGUUUUCAUUCUCUGUUGUAUUGCUUUUGUUUUAUUUGAGAAUGUAAGAUUAGGAAAACGCGUAGUUCAAAGCAAAAUGUACUGUAACCCCAGCAUAUGAAGGUGUACUGCACAAGAGUUUGCAUCAAUACAAAAAUUUAUAUCGUAUCUUUUUUUUCUUUUCUUUUUUUAACCUUGACUGAAGCCACUGGGCUCAAUACAUCUUACAUGUGUAAAUACCUCCCUUCCUGUUGCAGUUAUUUUGUAUCAGUCUUCCAAAUGUACUGCAAAACCACGGAAUGUACAGAUUUUUGUAUUAAUAUUAUUAUUAUUAUUAUUAUUAUUAUUAUUAUUAUUAUUGUACAUGAUAUAUUGUUCUUUUUUCAAUAAAAUGUCAGUGGACAAUCAGAA